UUUCUAAAUAGAAUGUUUCGUUUUUAAUUUGUUUUAAUCAUGCACUCGAGGGCAUUACGUGCUGCACUCGUCUUUAAGUUAAAUAUAAUCUUGCACAAUAACAUUUUGCACACCACAAUAAUAAAUAUAAAAAUAGAAAAUCGUAGAACUACAUCGAGUUAAAUCGAUAAAAAAUAUCAACAUUUCUUCAAAUCUUGUACGUGUCGUUCUGCUGCGUGUUGAAGAAAAAUGAAAGAACUCAAUGGUUGUCGGUCGAACAACCCGGUGAAAAAACAUAAGGCGAAGUCGAAGAAACACAAACCAUCUUUCAAGUAUUUCGUGAAGAACUCAUGGCCGAAGGUGAUGAUAUCUCGCGACAAUGUCAUUUACAAGAAGGCGAGAGAUAACGCGUUUCGCGAACAGUCUUCAAGCGAAUUGCGAGCCGAAGAGGAAAAGGUCGAUUACGAUGUGAAACGCUCGAAUUGUGACGAGAACGACGCGAACUUUGAAGAAGAACACAGUGUCUGUUUGAUUAGUAGUUCCAGUGAAAUUGAAGAAAACUUUGACAUGGGCGAAACCUUCAUAAAAGCCGAGAAGAGCUUGGAGACGUUUGACGAACCGAUCAGGAAAGAUGUUGAUUGUGCAUCAAAGGAGAGUGCCGUUUCCCAGGGGGGCGAUUGUUCGAAGCCUGUUUUCGUUGAUUUAACGACGGAGAAGAAGAAGAAUGUGUGGAAACACUCGAUGCUGAAGCGGUUCCGCAGUGUAAAGAAAAAUACAGUGAAUGAAAAGAAAAGUUGGAGCGGAAAAUGCAUCGUGGAAAAUGUAUUAGCAGAUAGUUCGAGUAAAUCAAAUUGUGACCGGAUAGAAGGUCCAGCAACCGCAUUAAGAGGCCGUGAGCCGUAUUCAAUACCAGUGCAACCAAACCGUUCUUUACCCAUCCGUCCAGCACCCACGAGAUCUUUUCAAAACAGAUUGCAAAUUCUACCGAAAUUUACCGCACAGAAUACGGUCGAGAUAGAAUCCGUAAAAUCGCCGCCUACGUCGUCGUCGAGUGAUGAGGUUCUCCAGGGGACAGACCUUAAUUCGGAAAAGCGAACAGCUUUGAACGAAACCGUGAAUUCGAUGGAUUACGUUAUUCCUCAAAUUUCCAGUGUUGAAACUCUCGCGGUGGUAGAAAGAAGAAAGAGCAACGAUGCAGAGCACGAGAAAGAUAAUAGCGUUCAGGAAUAUACGAAAAGGAGAAAGUCACAGGAAGCCGAUUCUAGUCAAAAUAAACCAGGGAACUCGAUUAACGAGUUCUUAAAGAACUUUUGCCCGAACGUGAAUGAGGGGAUGCAAAAUGAAUGUACUAAUAAAUGCGCUGCAUCUUUAUCUAUGAUGAAAGAGGAAACUAGUAACAAGUUGGUGCCUCCGUUAAGAUUGAAGAAGAUCGCACGUAUGAGUAAGAAUGAAUCGACAGAAGCGACUGAUUCUCAACUCACCGUGGAAUCGAUGCAGGAAACAAAUUAUAAAAUCAUAAAAGACAAGACGCUUGAGCCAUCAUCCAGUCUAACGUCUACCAACACCGACGACAUGUUCUACGAAACGGAAACAGACCUCGCAUCUCUAAACACCGACAGCCACAAGCUGAAGUAUCGGCGAAAUAAAUUAAAGGAGAAACUCAGUGAAUUGCGUAGCAAGGCAUUAGAGUUAUCCAAACAAAUGGCAAAUGAAUCUGAUUCGCAACGGGACACUAGUCUACGACAAGUGAUGAACCGCUAUGAGAAACAAAUUGAGAAUUUAUCCAAGCUGCACAGUAAAUUGUCAGCGGCGAUCCCGAGCAUUGAAGAAGCGAUUAAUAUAAAUGAUAACAGCAAUGUUGAUAACGAAUGUAGAAACAUGAAUUUAAGAAAAGCCGAUGGAGAAUCUACGGACAACAAUACUCCGGUGUCAUCGCCUGGACCACCGAAAUUGUCACCCCGAUCGCCCAUAUAUUACGAUGAUACAACGCAAGAGAUUCCAAACAGUCCACCGGUCUUACUGAAAAUAUGCUUAGCUACGUCGUCCAGUCAGGAGACGACGGAGGAUUUGAAUAUCUCAGAGACGAAGCCAUGGAUUAUGAACGUAAACUUGGUGAAACAAUCGCCCGUGGACUCCGUUCAGCCCGACGUUGUAAAUGAAAAUACUUCAACGCUUGAAACGCUCGCGAAAAAUAUUUCAGAGCAACCGAAUACUACCAGUUCGGAUACGAACAAUUCUAAUUUCUGUGUCAAUGAAAUAGAAGUGACUGAUAUCGUUGAGAAUAAAAUUUCAACUUGGGAGGAAACAAAUGCGAAUGAUAAAUUAAUCAACGAGUUACAUCGGUGUCACGAUGUGAUUCAGAAACCGGAAGAGAUUAAAUCUCAGGUGUUUUUCAAUGAUGGACCAGUGAUAAAAUCUGUUAGCGCUGGUGUAGAAUUACCGAUGGAAAGAAACCGAAAAGAAACCAAGUCAUUUGCUAGAUCUGAUAAGCAGCUUCCCUCUUCAGAGGUGAAUACAAUUAACUCUUGCAAAUCAAAUCAACCAGAUAGUGCGUAUUCGAAAAUCAACGACGAUACGAAAAAUCUGCAGAAUAUCACAUCAAGCACAGGUCAACCAACGCAAUUCAAUGUACCGUCCUCGGUGUUAUAUCCGAGAUUCAAGCCUAACCGAAAGUUCGUGCGGUUUUUGUUGUUGUCAACAACAACAGAUACUAAGCACAUAAGGAUUGCCGAACCUGUGGUUCCGAUAGUUGUGUCCAAUGCUAAUAACGACUUAAUGAACGCUACACCACAAAAUCCGCAAGGUCCACAAGGUACUGAAAGAUGGUCAUAUCAACGGCCGUUACAACAUACCACGGUACCACUAACACUCGCACAGCCUAUAGCCACGGUUCCAGCUCUACGUCCUGCUACUUAUACUGCAAUUCCUAUGCCUCAAUUCUACUUGAACAACUACCCAGUCGACCCGUACAGUAGUCCUGCUUUAAAUUAUCACCCAGCGAUGUUCCCUUACAGCAGUUAUCCGUAUCAGUCUCGAUUACAUUCGAACAUUCCGCCGGGAUACCAUUUUCCUAUGCAAGAAAUCUUACGACCGGUACCACAAGUAGACAAACGUCUCCCGUUGACAGGGCAGGAGCCAGUUAGCAUUAGAUAUCCCCCAUCGUCAAUGAACACUUUGCAGCAUCCGAAUAACUCAGAGUACGAUCGGCUGCGAGGUAGCUCUGCCGUUAAUAACGUCAAUAUAGCGACCAGUUCACGAUCAUUAUUUCCACCGCCGACUUCUUCGCAUGAAGCCUUGCACCGAGAACCAUCGAUUAGCUACCCGCCAAAUAAUGAAUUUUCUGGAAACAGAAUGAUGCCAAAUGUCGUCGCUGCUGCGGCAGCUGCAGCUGUCGUUGCUGCGGCUUCCAUCGACAGACAAUACGACACGUUGAGGUACAACGGAACUGACAUGCUGCCGCCCUCCAGCAUUGCAAAUACCAUUAAUGAAAGACCACUCGACGCGCCUAGUACCAGUAAGUCAGCUAUUAAUCAGAGUAACACGGUCAUUCGAAGACAGGACAAUAUUGAAGAAAUUCAGCGUAUUAGGAAAUAUAAAAAAAGACAGAACGCUUGGCACGAGAGAUUAUCCACGGAAACUUCAGACGAUUCCGAGCAAACCAACUCGGUGAUUGAUAACGAUAGUCAACUGAGGAACCCGGCAACGUCAAUGACGUAUCAAAUGUCAUCAAACCCUUCCUCUACGUAUUCACCGCGGAAAGUGCCAGAAAAUGAACUUAGAAAUGCGAAUACACCCUAUCUUCAACCAGUAUUUUGUAGCCCGAAGACUAGACUUACUCUCAGAUGCUCCUCAUGCGGUGAUACUGGACCAAGGUACAAAUGUCUUGGGUGCGGGAUCGUUUAUUAUUGUAAUCCACGAUGCCAAGAGAACCAUUGGUACUCUCACAGAAGAGCUUGCCCAAAGAGAAUGCCAAACUUGAAGAUGUUAGUUGAAUAAAUUAAUUUUACACUAAUGAAAUAAUCUGUAUCUAAUAUGGAAAUCUAUUAAUAUAGAUCUCUGUAUUAAUACAGAACGUUGUACUUUUAAUUUAUGAUUCUUUUUAAGGAAUAUACUUUUGAGACUGAUAGUAAUGUAAAAAUCCGCAAUCUAUGCACAUUGUACGUGUCGUUUAUUAUUUUGUGUAGAUAUAUGUUGUCUUUUCGAAAGUUUUUAUAUGGAAUUUUUAUACGAUAUUUACAUAUACACUCUACCAGGUCAGAAAUGAAUACGUAAAUUGUGACUACGCAAGUGUCAAAUACUAAAUAUUUUUAUGUAUGUGUCACAUAACGGAGAUAGAUGAUGUGUUGAA